CUUUAUUACGACGUUUAAUUGAGAAGAAUAUAACAGUGAAUCCAAAUAAGUGUUCAUUUUGUGUAUCUAGUUUUGAAUGCCUUGGAUACCUAGUUGAUGGUAAUGACUUUAGACCAGAUAUGAAUUGACUAGCUCCACUGACUAAUGCACCGUCUCCGAAAAAUCUUACAGAAUUACGUUCACUAGUGGGUGCUCUGCCAUACUAUUCCCGUUUUAUUCCUAAUUUUUCUUGUCGUGCAAAUUUUUUAUUUAAUAUUUUAACAUCCAAUUCAUUCAAAUGGAGUGAGGAACAAGAGUCAUGCUUACGAAGUCUGCUGAAGUUUCUUCAAAGUGAUGCUGUUCUUCGAACGUACUCCUCUAAUGUACAUUCUGUGGUUAUUACUGAUGCAUCACCUGUGGGAAUUGGUGCAGUUUUGGAACAGGAAGGUAGACCAGUUAUUUGUGUUUCACGCAAACUUACUGUUACUGAACAAGGUUAUUCACAGACUCAGCGAGAAGCAUUAGCUGUGUUUUGGGCUGUUAAAAGACUUCAUAAAUAUUUAUUGGGAAAGAAAUUCACUAUUGUUACUGAUCAUGAAGCUUUAAAGUUUAUUUAUCAUCCCGAAAAAUCCUUGGCACGUUCCUCAGCAGCUAUGGUUCAGCGAUGGAGUAUUGCUUUGAGUGCAUAUGACUAUACGGUUCAGCACAGAAGUGCCAAACAGAUUCAACAUGUUGAUUACAUUUCUCGACAGUCAUUACAAAAUAAACCUAUUAAUACUUCGGAUUGUUUGUUAGUGCAACCUUUACCAGUGAGACGUUCAGAUCUCAUUAGAGAAACGCGUAGAUAUUUUGGAUGUAUACUCAGUGCUAUAAGGAAAGGUUGGAAUGCUAUCUAUUUUCAAAGCGGGAUGAGCUAUCUACUACUCCUGAUGGUAUUCUGUGUUUAAACGAUCGUGUUGUCAUUCCUCCUUCAUUGCGUAAAUCUGUUCUUGAAGAUCUUCAUAGUGGUCAUUUAGGUGUUGAGAAAAUGAAGUCCUUGGCAAGGCUCACAUGCUGGUGGCCAGAGAUAAAUGCAGAUAUAUGUCGUACGGCAAACAAUUGUGAGAAAUGUCAUCAGUUGAAAAAUCAUCCUUCGAAGUGGGUGCCAUGGCCAGUAUCGUCUGAGGCCUGGCAGAGGAUUCAUGCUGACUAUUGUGGACCAUUUCUUGGUAAAUACUACGCACUAGUAGUCAUUGAUUCUUUUUCAAAGCGGCCUGAAGUUUUUUUUACAACUUCAUCAAAUUCUGAUUUCACAAUACAAGCAUUAAGAAGGGUGUUUAGUCGAGAAGGUGUUCCCUUGGUGUUGGUGACUGAUAAUGGCUCACAUUUUGCUGCAGAUGCAGUCACUACCUGGUUGAACGGUAUAGGGUGCAAACAUCUGUUUACUGCUCCCAGACAUCCGUGUUCUAAUGGUCAGGCAGAGAAUUUUGUUAGGACAUUAAAGACUGCUAUUGAUUCUAUAGCCCCCUCAACAUUUAAUGAGCUGGAGAGGGGAGUAGAUAACUUUCUAUUGCAAUAUAGAAAUGCCAAACAUUCGGUGACGAAGGAGACUCCAGCGAAGCUAUUGAAAGGAAGAAUUCUUCGGUCGAAUAUGAGAUGUUUGGAGUCUGCAGAGGUUACAUACUAUCGAGGAAAUGAUCUUCGACCAUCUACGGGUAUUGUUCUGAAGAAUGUCGGAAAACCGAUGGUGCGAAUUCUAGACAUCGAUGACUUAAGUACACACAGUCGACAUGUAGAUCAAAUACAAUUUCAGGUACCAGGUGAGUCAGUUCCAAUUUCGAUUGUUAAUUCUAAUGCUAAUGAGCAUUGUAACAUGUGAUCGAUAAACGAACCCACCAAUAAUAAAGGGAAAUGCCCACCACCACAUUAACUUCUUUUGACCUUGUACG